AUGCGUUCUUUCUACUCCGUGGCCCUAGGGCUCCUUGGAGCCUCGGCCGUCGCAUCGGCCGCAGACGCCGAGUCGCAUGUUGUCCAGUUGACCACGGACACAUUCUCCGACUUCAUCAAGGAACAUGACCUGGUCCUGGCGGAGUUCUUCGCGCCUUGGUGCGGCCACUGCAAGGCUCUUGCCCCAGAGUACGAGACUGCUGCCGAAGAGUUGAAGGAGAAGAACAUCCCGUUGGUCAAGGUUGACUGCACGGAGGAAGCAGACCUCUGCAAGGAAUAUGGCGUUGAGGGCUACCCGACCCUGAAGAUCUUCCGCGGCCCGGAUUCCGUGAAGCCGUACGGAGGUGCUCGCAAGAGCGGACCACUCGUCUCCUACAUGACCAAACAAUCCCUCCCAGCCGUAUCAGACGUCAACGAAGACAACAUUGAGGAAUUCAAGAGCCUGGACAAGGUCGUCGUUGUCGGAUAUCUCGCUUCGGACAACAAAAAGGCCAAGGAGGCAUUCAACAGCCUCGCCGACUCGGAGCGUGACAACUUCCUGUUCGGUGCCAGUGAUGACGCAGCUGUGGCCAAGGCCGAGGGCGUCGAGCAACCCUCGAUCGUUCUUUACAAGGACUUUGAUGAGAAGAAGGCCGUCUACAAGGGCGACUUGGACUCUGAGAGCAUUCUUGCCUGGGUCAAGACCGCAAGCACUCCUCUUGUUGGCGAGCUCGGUCCUGAAACCUACGCUAGUUAUAUCCAGGCCGGCAUUCCGCUAGCGUAUAUUUUCGCCGAGACCCCAGAGGAAAUCACCAAGUUCGCAGAGGAGUUCCGCCCCGUUGCUGAGAAGCAACGCGGAAAGAUCAACUUUGCCACCCUUGACGCCAAGGCGUUCGGUGCCCACGCCUCUAACCUCAACCUCGACCCUGCUACCUUCCCUGCCUUCGCCAUCCAAGACCCCGAGAAGAACCACAAGUUCCCUUUUGACCAGAGCAAGGAGUUCAAUGUUGAGGACAUUGGCAAGUUUGUCCAGGAUGUUGUUGAUGGCAAGGUUGAACCUAGCAUCAAGUCCGAGCCCAUUCCAGAGACCCAGGAGGGACCUGUUACUGUUAUCGUUGCCCACACCUAUCAGGAGUUGGUUAUCGACAACGACAAGGAUGUUCUCGUUGAGUUCUAUGCCCCUUGGUGCGGACACUGCAAAGCUUUGGCACCCAAGUAUGAACAGCUCGCCAAGGCCUAUGCCGAGAACCCCGACUUUGCCUCCAAGGUGACAGUGGCCAAGAUUGAUGCUACUGCCAAUGACGUCCCAGAUCCCAUCCAGGGCUUCCCUACCAUCAAAUUGUUCCCUGCUGGCUCCAAGGAUGCACCAGUAGAGUACUCUGGCUCCCGAAGCAUUGAGGAUUUGGCCGAGUUCAUCAAGACCAAGGGCAAGCACCAGGUCGAUGCCGUCGAGGAAGUCACCAAGCCACAAGAGGAGGCUUCUUCCUCUUCAUCCUCUGCCGCUCCUACUCAGACCGAGUCGGCUACUGGCGAGGCCAGCGGCGAGGCCGCUCCUGACCAUGACGAACUUUGA